AAGAAGACCUUGCGGUGGGUGUCUGUCGUGCAUGCAUUUUGUGUAUCCAUUUUUCAUUUUUCUUCUUCAUCUUCUUUGCUAUGUAGACUCUGCAUGCACACAUUCAACUUUCUCUCUCUAAAAAUCUGUAAUUUUUUUUGUUUUCUCUCUCUAAAAUUCUCUGCAAAAUUGAAUCUUUAUCUGCUCUGUUUUUUUUAUAUCUUCAUCGGAAACCACCGACCAACCACCGACCACCACCGUUAAUUUUUUAGUUAUUUUUUCUACAGUGUGUGUUUGACCCAUUUUGAUUCAGUUCAAGAUUUUGUGUAAGUUAUGUGCUCAUGCUAAGGUUGAUUUUUCAUCUGGGUAUUCGUUACAUUUGAUACUGAAGGUUUGAUUUUUAGGGGGAAAAAUGGGGUCAAUGAUUUGCAUGAAUGAGCUAUGUCGUGCAACGACGUCGGUUGAGUGGAAGAAAGGGUGGGGAUUCAAAUCCGGUGGAUUUGCUAAGCUUUGCUACAACUGCGGAUCUGCUUUUGAGAAUUUCGUUUUCUGUGAAACAUUCCACCCGGAUGAAUCUGGUUGGAGGGAAUGCAGAACUUGUAGAAAGCCUAUACACUGUGGGUGCAUUGCCUCAAAAUAUUUGUAUGAGUACUUGGAUUACGGAGGUGUUACAUGUAUAAAAUGUGCACAUCAUUUGGAUGGUCAUUCCAUCAGGCCAAUACAGAUACCUGGUGAUGAUUUUCCUAUUGGCAACUUGGGAUCUAAGAGUGCAAAGCCACUGGGCAUUGAGAAUAAAAUAGAUGAGAAUGACUUUGAACGAAGAAGGUUUAUGCAGACCAAUGAGCCUGGUCAACUCUUUCAAACGCAGAGGAAUGACAAGAAACAAGAUACAAUGCUUCCUAUUGGUAAUGUCGGCACAUGCUUUUCGAAUUUGAAUCAGCAGAACAUUGGGGCUUCUCUCUUUGGCAAACCCGAUAAUGAGAGACCAAGUCAAGGUGUUAAAGAUAUGUAUGAUUCGAUCAAUCAGCCGUCUCUAAAUUUUUGUUUAAGUACUCCAAUUGGUACUUCAAGUUCAGGACAGCCUUUUCUUGGUGGAGAUGUUGAAGGAAGGGAACAAAGCAAAACUUCUCCCUUCCAACAGGCCCAAAGGGCACGCCAUAUAUUUCCCAAGCCCCCCAAACCUAGUCCCACCUCAGGUUCUGAAUCAGUCAAAGGAAUGGUUUCACAAGCACGGAUUGCAAGGCCACCUGCUGAAGGGCGUGGUGGACGCAGUCAGUUACUGCCUCGAUACUGGCCCCGGAUUACAGACCAGGAGUUGGAGCAAAUAGCUGGAGACUUAAAGUCUACUAUUGUACCACUGUUUGAGAAGGUCCUAAGUGCCAGUGAUGCCGGACGAAUUGGGCGUCUGGUGCUUCCCAAAGCAUGUGCUGAAGCAUACUUCCCUCCAAUUAACCAAUCAGAGGGUCUACCUAUAAGGAUUCAGGAUAUUAAGGGUAAAGAGUGGACAUUUCAAUUCCGAUUUUGGCCCAAUAACAACAGCCGGAUGUAUGUUUUGGAGGGUGUUACCCCUUGUAUACAGAAUAUGCAAUUGCAAGCUGGUGAUACUGUGAUAUUCAGUCGAAUAGAUCCUGGAGGAAAGCUUGUUAUGGGAUUUCGGAAGGCAACAAACAAUGUUGACAUGCAGGAUCCUCAAACGCCUAACCUUCCCAGUGGCAAUGGCUCUGGAGAAACUUCAUUUCCUGGCAUGGCUGAUAACUUCCCGAAUGGAGGCAGGACAAGCGAUGAUACUAUGAACCGGCAAGUGCCGAUGUCAGAGAAGAAAAAGGCACGAAACAUUGGGUCCAAAAAUAGGAGGCUUCUUAUGCAUGCUGAUGAUGCUAUGGAACUUAGAAUCACUUGGGAAGAAAUACAAGAAUUGCUAAGGCCAUCUCCAACUGCCAAGCCUAACAUUGUUGUGGUUGAGGACUGUGAAUUUGAGGAAUAUGAAGAAGCACCAGUCUUUGGAAAGAGGACGAUAUUUACUGCUCGAUCUUCUGGGGAUCAGGAGCAAUGGGCUCAAUGUGACAGCUGUUCUAAAUGGCGUAGAUUGCCGCUGCACAUUCUCCUUCCUGCAAAGUGGACUUGUUCUGACAAUAUUUGGGACUCAAGAAGAUGCUCUUGUGCUGCUCCUGAUGAGAUUAGUCCGAGGGAACUGGAAGCUCUCCUUCGAGUUGGCAAGGAUCCUAAGAGGCGAAAACUUGUAGAAAACAAUGAAGAUUUAGAGUCUUCUGGCCUAGAUGCCUUGGCAACAGUUGCUGCAAGCGACAUGGGAGAUAGCAUUGGCGACAUGGGAGAGCCAUCAGUUGGAGCCACAACAAAACAUCCUCGGCAUCGCGCUGGUUGCAGUUGCAUUGUGUGCAUUCAGCCUCCAAGUGGGAAGGGCAAGCACCAUCCCACGUGUAAGUGCAAUGUCUGUUUGACUGUGAAACGUCGUUUUAAAACACUCAUGUUGCGUAAGAAGAAAAAACAAUCAGAACGAGAAGCAGAACUUGCACAGGCAAAAGAUCAGGUCCCUCCUAAAGAUGAAUCAGAAACAGACGGGAUGACGAGUGGAGUAGAGUUGCUUCAAAUGAAUCAUUCCGAGAAUGAACACAUGAAUCACUCUGACAAUGAAAGGAAUUCAAAUGGGGAUCAAGUGGAGGAGUUCGGACCUGGGAAGGGUCAGUUGGACCUGAACUGCCAUCCAAACCGUGAUGACGACAUGCUAGCUGAGGCCACUGCUGGAAUGAGCAUGACCUCCCUUGUUAAUGCUACCAACCUACCCCUGGAGUAUCUAACGCAGAAUAGGCUCGAGAGCUUGGGCAACUCUUUACUGUCACAAGCUGCCAGUGAGAGUGAAGGGCACCCCCCUGAUAAUGGAUUCGGGAAAACUGCAGAUGUUGAAUCAGGGGGUAAAGGCGCCAAAGCGUAA